CUGGACACAUCUCUCAGUGGCAGAGCGGACACACAUCACACACACACAUUCACCCGAAUCCGAUGUUUUUAUCAUCAUAAAAAAAUAACUUUUAUUAAAUUCAAAAACUUCAAUCUCUUGCCACUGACAGUUGGGCCGAGGAGAAGUCAUGGAUCCAAUCGUGGAAGUGGUGGCUGUGAUUUUGGGGUUCAUCGGAUGGAUAAUGGUGGGGGUUGCGAUUCCAAACCGUUACUGGAGGACCUCCACUGUUGACGGAAAUGUCAUCACCACCUCAACAAUUUAUGAAAACCUGUGGAUGUCCUGCGCGACAGAUUCAACCGGGGUCAGUAACUGCAGGGACUUCCCUUCGAUGCUCGCUUUGAAUGGUUACAUCCAAGCGUCUCGUGCCUUGAUGAUCGCCUCGGUAGUGUUUGGCACAUUUGGACUGCUGGGCUCGCUGAUUGGGAUACAGUGUUCUAAAGCAGGAGGAGAAAACUAUGUUCUCAAAGGGAGGAUCGCAGGCACUUCUGGAGUACUUUUUAUGCUUCAAGGUUUGUGCACUAUGGUCGCAGUGUCCUGGUAUGCUUUCAAUAUCACCCAGAAUUUCUUUGACCCCUACUACCCUGGCACAAAGUAUGAGAUAGGAGAAGGGCUUUACAUCGGCUGGUGCUCUGCUGUGCUCGCCAUCGCUGGAGGAGCCGUUCUCACCUGCUCCUGCAAAUUGGGCACAGAGGAAAAAUACCCUCUACCUCAUGCAAGGGGAACUGUGUAUUCUGGACCAGCACCAACCAGAAGCCUGGCCGCCAGUACUUAUGGGAGAAACGCUUACGUCUGAGCAGGAUUUGGAAACUGAGCUUUGUGGACUUAUUCAUCCCUUCAUCUUUGGCUGGUCUAACUAACACAUUGUGUCAUUUCAUCAUCGUGGAAAUACUUGCAGUGCAUCAGAUGUUCACUGUUGGGAGUAUUUCAGCAUCGCUGUAUACGUUAUAUACAAAUAACCGCAGUUUCAAAAUGUAUGUUUUGUAGAAAUAACAUGGAUAUAAUGAUUGCAAAAAGCUUGACAAAACAUCAGCGUCACUGCACAAACUCACUGUGCGCUCUCAAUGAUUAAUAUUUAUAUUUCUCUGAUAUUGUCACUUAUUUUCCAAUGAAUCCAAUCACAUUUGUAAGGGUCAAAAGUGUGAUGAUUGUUUGGAUAUGUCGUUUUGUACAGUUUUGUAGGCAACACCUGCAAGAGGCGCUGGAGGGCAGGUUGUCUUUGUUUUGAUUGUAUUUUGCCUGUUUUUUGGGUUGUUGUUUUUUUAAGCAAAUGUACAAAUUUAAAUGUUUUACGUUGAACAUUCCAGUUUUACUUACCACAGACAAAAACAGUGGUGGCUGUAUUCUUCCUUCUUUUUUAAAAAAUAAAAUUAAAAUUAAAAAACCAUCAGCCAGGCGUAUGAUUACAGGUCAUCAGGACAUGAUUUGGGUAAAAUAUUGUGGGAAAUCAUCAACAUCAGUGUCUGUGUUCAGAGUAAAGACUGAUUACAAAUGUUAUAGUUUCAUCAAAUUACACAUUUUUACUAUUUAAAUUUGGUGCUAAAAGCAGCAAAUUCAAAUGUCUUUAUGUGUCAAAUAAAGACUAUUUUGUACAACUUA